CAGAUCGUACUCCAGAGAAUACGUCAUCUGCUUAAUUGCCAGCUUUCUGCUCACAUUAAAGACCACCUGUCCCUCUGCCACCCAUUUGCAUUGGUUACCACCAAAGAUUUGCAUGAAGCGCAUAUUCCAUAGCUUAACGAACUUCUUCUUUUGUUUUCAUCGAGGAUAUCCACUGCAGCAUUUUCUUUUUCUCUUUUCUGCAUACUCUUUCCUGGAGCCUACUUUUCCUCUGUUUUUAAUUUUGGCUGUUGAUAUUGGGAUCAAUAAAGGCGGGAUGGUGAGACGACGGAUAGAAUGGCGCAGAAUUGUCUCAUAACUUUGCCAGAACACUAGGUUCAUCAUCUAUGUCUCCUGUACCUAUG